AGGUUCAUUGCUCCACUUACUUACAUACCUCUGAAAAUAAACCAUGGUCGUCGACGACGUUUAUCGCGGCGACGGCCAGGGGUCUUCGGUAUGCACAGAAAAAAACCCAUCCACAUCCAAUUUGUCAUGCACAACACGUAUCAAGUCAUAUGUUUGUCAUGCAAAAAAUGGAUGUGGAUGGGUUUUUUUCUGUGGAUAUUCGGUUUCCGGUCACACCACCAUCACCGCCCCCAUUGACUACGAUCGAAUGAGCAGAGUGUCACCCGGACCUGCUUCUUCCAUCGUCACGCCACCACCUGUCGUGACCAACUCGCACCACAGUGGUCCCACCGCUGGAGGUGCAGGUCCUGCCGCAUCUACUCAAGAAGAGCUCCCUAGUACAAUCACAGCUGCGGGCGCGCAGGCGUCUCCUGGGGCGGGAGGUGGAACAAGCAACGCUUCAAGCCUCGUCCAGAACAAAAACGGCAACAAGCUUCCAUUGGCUACUGGUACUGGUCCAAUAGCCGACACCAGUCCCCAGGCCAGCCACGCAUCCACACAUUCUCUAUCCUGUGCAAAAGUAUCGUACUCGUAGUAAUCCUCGCAGUCAUGCAUUACAAAUCUCCUUCCCGAGGCAAAUCAGCAUGACGAAUUCCAUUGAUUUGUAAUGCUGAGCCAAUUUGUAUUGCAAUUACUACUAGUACGAUACUUCUGCAGUGCAUAUUCUCUCCGGGGGUACCACAGUGGCCAGGACACCUUCAAUGAGCAAACGCCUCCGACUAUCCUGAGGAAAAACGUCCCCACACCAGAGUCAAGAUGGAAAAUCUGCUAGACAAAUCAGCCAGCUUUGGUUGUUUCGCAUGACAAAUUUGUCCUCGUAGUGUAGUCGUGUUUAGGUAGUCUAGCAGCAUCACAGGUCUAGCAUAUCAUGCUGAUUAUAGCAUCGGAAAUUCCAAAAUGCGAUUACAAAAUGCCUCUCAUGGCGCUUCGCAUGAGAAACGUUUUUGGCAUGCAGAUUUGCAUGACAACUCUGGGGUGGGGAUGUUUUUACUCAGAAUACCGACUCUGGUCGACGGCGCAUCGACACCUCCGACGCCCAU